AUGGAGAAGAAGCUUACAGAGAAGAUCGCGGCUUUGCCGCCAGACGCAAAUUACUUCUCCCUGGAGUUCUUCCCACCGAAAACCCGUAUGGGUUUGGUGAAUUUAUCUGCACGUCUCGAACGUAUGUCCCAGGCUCUGCGCCCCUUAUUCGUCACCGUUACUUGGGGUGCAGGCGGAAGCACGGCGGUCCGAUCCCUCGAGCUGGCCGAAGUUUGCCAGCGCCAGCUGCAAUUGACAACCGUCUUGCAUUUGACAUGCACCAACAUGAGCCGCGAGCUGAUCGAUACGGCUUUGGUGGAUGCAAAGGCGCUCGGUAUCCGCAACAUUCUGGCUCUGCGUGGAGACCCGCCCCGCAGUGAGGAGUACAACAUGGACGGAGAGGACGAUAGCAACAAGGACUUCACUUUCGCUGUGGAUUUGGUGAAAUAUAUUAAGAAGCAGCAUGGAGACUACUUCUGCAUUGGUGUCGCUGCCUACCCGGAGGGUCACCCAUCAGACUCUUUCCAGGAUGUACAGGAUCCCGUGCGUGAUCUGCCUUACUUGAUUGAGAAGACCGUUGCUGGUGCAGACUUUAUUAUGACGCAGCUUACCUACGAUCUGGAGGCGUAUCAAAAGUUUGAGAAUAUGCUUCGGAACCACGAGUCGGGUGUUUUCAAGACCAUCCCGAUUAUCCCAGGCUUAAUGCCUAUUCACAGCUACAAGAUUCUCACUCGCGUGACCAAGCUCAGCCAUGUCAAGGUGCCGGAUGCCGUUGCCAAGCGCAUCGAAGAAGUUAAGCAUGAUGACGACGCUGUCAAGCGGGCUGGUGUGGAUAUUGUCAGUGAAAUUGUUGGAGGUAUCAGGGAGCUGAAGUCUCCCGGGCCACGGGGUUUCCAUUUCUACACUCUGAACUUGGAGAAAACAGUUUCAUUCAUCCUCGAACGGUGUGAUAUGAUUCCACCAUUCUCUGUGAACCAGGAUGAUGCUCUUGAUAUUGAUAACACCGUAUCGAUCGAUGACGUCCCCACCCGUUCAUUGCAGUCAAGACGCCGCUCGUCUAUCAACUCGCAGCCAUACAACCGUGUCAUUGUCGACCGGUUUUCCGGAAAAGACUCAUCCCGUAGCUCCACACACGAGGCCCUGGCAGAUGGAUCAGGCAUGCCUGCUUUGCCUCCUAACCGCAGCACGACCCUUCUCAUCUCCGAGGGCCUCGGCGCCCUUGGCAGGGAGGCAACCUGGGAUGACUUCCCUAACGGCCGAUGGGGUGAUGCACGAUCUCCCGCCUUCGGUGAGAUUGAUGGCUAUGGACCUUCCCUUCACGUCACAUCUACCGUCGCCCGUCGUCUGUGGGGCCACCCCGUCGAGCAAUCUGACCUCAACACCCUGUUCCGCCGUCACGUCUCUGGCGAACUCCACAUGGUCCCCUGGUCUGAGGGUGGUGCCGAGGAAGGUAGCGGGGGUUUGAACCCUGAAACAGACCUCAUUCGACCGGAGUUGCUUAAGCUCAUUGACGGCCGUGGCUGGUGGACUCUUGCAUCGCAGCCUGCCGUCAACGGUGUCCGUAGUGACAACCCCAUCUUUGGCUGGGGUCCGCCACGUGAAGGCUUUGUGUUCCAGAAGCCUUUCGUUGAGUUCUUCUGUUCUAGCAACGACUAUAACAACAUCCUCCAGCCUCUUUUCGCCAAGUACGAUGAAAAGCUAGCCUGGUUCGCUAUCAACCAGAAGGGUGUUUACGAAUCCUCAUACCCGACUUCUUCGGGCGAUCCCGAUGAGGACGAAGCGAACCCGGACAGCGCUAAUGCUGUCACUUGGGGAGUCUUCCGUGGCAAAGAAAUCAUCACCCCCACCAUCAUUGAGGAAGUCAGUUUCCGUGCUUGGGGUGAGGAGGCUUUCCGUAUUUGGGACGAAUGGCGCCGCAUUUACCCCCGUAACUCUCCUACCGAACGGUUCCUUGAUACUACUAGAAACGACUCUUGGCUUGUUUGUGUUGUUGGACAGCAAUAUGGUGCUGGCACUAAGCCUGGCUCCAAGGAGGAGGAGGAAGAGGUCAAGUGGAUGUGGCGCGUGUUGGCGGGUGAGACGCAGUAG